AUGAAAAUUAUAUUUGAACAUCAAGGUCGCAAGACAACUGUAAUUGGUGCAGAUUAUGAUACAAUGGUUAACAAUAUCAGAUCACUUUAUCCUGAUCAACAUCAUCAUCGAAUACAAUUUUAUGAUCCUGAACUUACUGAUUAUUUCGAAUUUACUUCAUAUUCACAAAUUAUUGAUCAACCUAAUGGAUUAAAAAUGAAUUUUGAUACAUCUGAUACAAUUGAUUUAAUUACUGGUCAUCCUUGUUCAUCACCAAUGUUCAAUAAAAAUGAAAAAAAUAAUAAUAUUAACACACAUGUUUCUUCAAAAAGAUCUCGUAAAAAGUCAAUACCUGAACGUGAUGAUAAAGUCAAUGAAUUACCAACAUUACCAACAUAUUGUGACAUGAUCAUUCAAGGUUUACAAUCUCGUGAAUUUUUACAUCAAACAUGUACUCAUUUUCUUCAACAAUAUCCUGAUGGUACCUCAACAAAUAUUCAUCAUUCAUUUAUUAUGGCAAUUAUACAAAAAUUUCCAGCACUUAGCUAUUUGGAUAAGAGUACAGAUGGAGUAGAUGGAAAAGCACCAUAUGUAAUAUACAAUAUCUCAUCUAAUUUCUCGAAAGAAGCAAAAUGUGAAGUAUUCAAAAACUCAUCCAACACCAAAAAACCACGACAAUCUAUACUCGAUUCAAGUUAUAAUGGUAAAACAAAUAAAAAUGCAGUUGUUGAUGCGACAACAGAAGAUGAAGAAGAUGUACCUAAUCUUGUUAUUGGUUGUGAUAAACAAGAUUCAUUAAAUGAAUGUUCAAUUGAAGAAGUGUUCGAUGGUUCGAAUAUAAAUAAAACAUCAGCAUUGCUACCUGAUUCAAAUGAACAAUCACCUGUAGCACCUCCAGCGUCAAAAAUCUCAAUUCAACCAUCAACAAUAUCAACAAAUCGACGCGCAACUAUUUCGUUAGUACCUUCAUCAGCUGCAACAGUUACUAAUGAUACAAAUAUCUCAAUUAAACCAAUUUUAAUGAAAUCAAUCAUCACAACAAAUGCAUCAACUAGUCUCAUAUAUCAUAAUGGUCAUAUGCAUCCUACACCAGAUAAGUUGUUAUCUAAAUCUGAGCAAAAUGCUUAUAAUAAAGAUAUUGCUCGUCUUCGUUCAAUUAUAAAACCGAACAGAAAUUCAACAUAUCACGUUUCAAUUGGUGAAAUUCAUGCUCUUAUUGGUCAUAGUCAUACAAUUAGACGUCGAUUGUUAUACCAAAAACAAGAUAUGGAUUUUAUUGUGAAAGUAUUGGAAUAUCAAGAAAUUUUUCAUGAAGAAGCUGUGAGUAAGAAUUACGUCAAGAAUGUCCUUUACAAAAUGUCCUUUGACGAAAUGUCCCCGGAUUUUGGUCCUUAGAAAAAAUGUCCUUCAGAUUUUCGUCCUUGAAAAAAUGUCCCUCGGACUAAUCAUCCUUUAGGAAAAUGUCCUUUGGGAAAAUGUCCUUUACGUUAAAAUGUCCUUUACCCAUAAUCUGAUGCUUUUUUAUUAAUACUAG